CCUCCCUGAGACCCUGUUCCUGGCACUUGGCACCCUCGUCUACAGGUGGCCAUGAGCUCCAGCCACCCCGAGCCCAGUGCCCGGGCACCCCUGAGUCCCCGCCCACAGCCCCUGUCCCGGAGCUCUUCCAGCCUGCUGGGUGAAGGCCGGGGGCAGAGGCCAGAGCUCCGCAAGAGUGCCAGCAGCACCGUAUGGCAGGCCCAGCUGGGCGAGACCAGUGCCAGUCCCCAGGCCCUGGAGGAAGAGGGGCGCCAGGCUGAGAGCAUGGAGCAAGCACGAGCCUCCAACCCACAACCCCAGCCGGCUGCCGUGGGCCACUGGCGGAGCAGCACUGUGGGCAAUGUGUCCACCAUGGGCAGUGGUGACCUAUGUCACCUGCGGGCCCCCAGUGCAGCUGCUGUGCAGAGGAGCCACUCGGACCUGGCCCGUAGCACCCAGACCCGGGGUCACAGCAGUGUGCAGAAGGCCAGCCUCAGCUGCUCGGCUCUUGGCAGCUUACCUGUCCACAGGACUCAGCUACAGCCUGGUGGUACUUCUGGCCAGGGUGGCCAGGCUCCUGCAGGCUUGGAAAGGGACCUGGCUCUAGAGGAUAAUACUUCUAACUCAGCUUGGAUGCUGGGGGAGAGUCAGGUGCCACCACUAGACCUGGAGGGCACAACUGCCCAUAGCAGCAGUCCUCAGGCUGGGCCCAAAGCCACCGGGCAGCCGGCCACCACCUCCUGCCAUGUUCUGCCCCCAGCAGCUCUACUCUGUGGUAUGAAGGAGGCAGGGGCUGGCAGCUGCUGCCAUGCCCUGUCUGCCACAGGAAUUCUGGCCUUUCCCAAACUAGUAGCAUCAGUGAGCGAGUCUGGGCUGCAGUCUCAACACGGGAUAAAGUUCCACUGUGGGUUGCCUGGGGGGCUCCCUGGGCACCCCCACUGCUGUGCCCACCCUUGGGGUGCCGCUCGGUUAGCCACAGAGCCUGGCUCCAGGACCAAAGAUGUGUGGACCAUGACCUCUGUCAGUGACUUGGCCCCCGCAUUGGUGACCCCUUUGUCAGCCCAGGAUGCUGGUGUGCAGGUGGCCCCAGUGGCGGCCUGCAAAGCUGUGGCCACCAGCCCAUCCCUGGGAGCCCCUGUGGCCCCACACAUGUUCCCAGAGGUAACUCUGGGGUCUGGCCUGGAGGAGGCACCGUCCCCUGUGCGGGAUGUGCGAUGGGAUGCCGAGGGCAUGACGUGGGAGGUGUACGGUGCUGCAGUGGACCCCGAGGUGCUCGGCGUGGCUAUCCAGAAGCACCUGGAGAUGCAGUUUGAGCAGCUGCAGCGGGCGCCUGCUAGCGAGGACAGCCUGUCUGCGGAGGGCCGCAAGGGGCCACUGCGAGCUGUCAUGCAGUCCCUGCGGCGCCCCAGCUGCUGUGGCUGCUCCGAUGCGGCCCUUGAGUGA